CCGCUUCAUUGACGCAUCUUCAUAUAUUUUCUCCCUUGACUAUCCGACUGCUCUCAGUGAAUCUUCGUCGAGUCGUACAACUCAGUCCCACCAUGGCGCCUAUCGAUGACUCGGAAUGGGUCGACAUUGACACGGAUUCCGACGAAGAAUUACCGCCUCCACCUAUCUCUAUGCCCAAAGCCAACCCUACACCUCCUCCAGCGACCCCUCGUUCAGAUGCAUCUAUCCAAGCGGUCAUCGUCCGCUGCAAUGCUGAUAAGUCAGAGUUUGCGCCUUGGUCUCCAAAGAUGAUCUCGGCAGAUGAUCCUAUCUUCUCGCACGCCGUGCCUCUGAUCCCCGGACUCAUCGAGGUGCCACUGGUCUUCUCCCGCGUGGGUACUAAGUCCGCAUAUCGGGCCAACCUCGACAACACGAUCAUCACGUAUCUCCAUAUCGACGCCACGUCUGGGUUCGCGCCGCCGCAGUGGCAGUCCCGUGUCGGCACGGUAGUGGUCGCGCGCAAGGACAAAAAGCCGUUGCUACCCCAUCAUAUGGAGGGCGCGUGGAUGUACUGUGAUUACAUCUCGGACCUCUUCGGUGAAGGGACUGGUGCUCCAACCCGUCUGUACAAUAGACAAGCCUUUGAGAAGUGGUGGAAUGUUUAUUGUGAGGCACAGAAGGGGUUCCGCCGAGGCAAGGGAGGCUUGAAUGAUCCGAAUGAUUGGCGGUCGGUAAAGUCGCCGUAUGAGAUGUAAUUAACUCAACUGCUUGCUUCGUACGGCCUAAAUAAAGAAGAGAGAUGUCUUGUCCUGGGGCAUUUGGACGGUAUGUCUUGUGAAG